UCUAUUCUAUGUAAUCUACGGUCCGCGGCGCGCGGUAUGAAAAGAAGGUUGAAAGAGGUUAAGUGGCUCGCUGUAAAAUAAUCUCGCGAACGCAAUUUACUUUGGCGAGUAAAUCAAUCGUAACAAGAAUAAUGUGUCAUACAGUUUGAAGGGAUACGAUUAAUAUGCUCUCGUGGAUCACGAGGGACGUUUUAAUACGGGGUGUCCCCAUAUUGUUGAAACAAUCGCUUCUAAAUAAGAUUGCAGAUCCUGCGUUGAGCCGGACGAGUAAAGUCAUUCAUACCAGCGGAUUUCGAUAUAAAAAUGACAAAAAGAAUGAAAAGCCAUCAGCUCUUGUCGUUCAGGCCUUUGCGAAUGCCGAGAGCAAGGAGAAGGAGGCUUAUCUAGACAUAAUCCGACAAUAUAAAAACAACAACGAUCUUAGACGCGGUCACGUACAGUUUAUUCAAGUCGCUCUCAAAUAUAUGGAUGAUUUUGGAGUGAAUCGAGAUUUAGCCGUGUAUAAAAUUCUGUUGGAUGUGCUUCCCAAGGGUAAAUUUAUUCCCACCAACUUUUUCCAAACAAUGGUUAUGCAUUAUCCUAAACAGCAGCACGUAGCCGUCGAAUUGCUGUGCAAAAUGGAGAAAAAUUGCGUGAUACCAGACGUGGAAAUGCAGGACAUGCUACUAAAUAUUUUUGGAAAACACGGUGAUCCGCUAAAGAAGUUUUGGAGAAUGAUGUACUGGAUGCCCAAGUUUGCCAACUUAAAUCCUUGGCCUUGCCCCAGACCAGUACCCAAGGAUCCACGAGUACUUGCAAGAUUGGCAAUGAGUAAGAUUUCUAGCGUAGAUGUGCAGACUAAGAUCACAGAGUUUAAGACCAAGGACAUAGAAGACUCCAUCGAGGACACAUGGAUUAUAUCUGCCAUGAGCAGCUUGCAAGAGAGACUAUUGCAAAUGCAAUCUCCUAACAAUCCAAUUUUUGUCGAAGGACCAUAUACAGUUUGGGUUGCGGAUCAGUGUAUAGAUUAUUUUGUACUGAGAGGAGAAAUCAGAAUGAAGAAAAAAUAUGAAGAUAUCGAUGAUGUGUCGGAUAUUAGAAUUCCCUUUUGGGAUAAAAAAGAAAUAAUCCUUGCUCCUACAGUUCAUGAGCAAGAUGAUGGCACAUACUUUGCAAUGUGUGCUACAGGUACAUCUACAAAAGAUUCUUUGUUGUCCUGGAUACGAUGUCUGCAGAAACAAAAUCCUAUCUUGACUGUAACCCCGAUAAUGUUUAAAAUAGCGUCGUUUUCCAAGGAACAUAUGUACAUUGAGACUGCAAAUGACAAGAAUGAAAUGAUGCAUUCAAAAGAUUAAUGUCAAAGGUAUGAAUAGCUAGACUAUUAAAAAUUGCAUAGUGAUGCUAAUUAAUAGAAUUCGGUCAUCCACACUACACUGCAUUAAUGUAUUAUACAUCGAAGGACAUUAAUACGAACACUUAACGAAAUUAAUGAUAUUGUUAUUUAACAUAUAAAGAAUCAUUAUUGUAUUAAAUAAGAAUAUCAUUAUUGGACAUUUAAAAAAUGUUUAUUGUUUUUAUAUUUAAAUAACUUGAUGUAUAACAGCUUUAAUUGUGUACUAGUGUAGUAUAGUGUGAGUGACCGAUUCACUAUAAUAUAAUGAACUGACACAUAUGUAGAUAGCUCUAGUUUGUACAUAAAGAAAAUAUAUAGUUGAUAAUAAUUUAAAUAUCAA